AUGAAUCUCCAAAGGGGCGGUCACCAGCAGCAGCUCAAAUGCUCGGCCGGGGAAGAGGGCGAGAUCGACAUCAUCCUCGGAGAGGAAGGCGAAGGCAGGAGAGUUCCGCCGCUGCCCGCCCAUCAGGGAGCGUCGGAGAGCGAGGGCGCCGACUCCGGAGAGGGCGAGAGCGGCGGCGGCGGCCGCCGCAAUAGUCGGGGCCCGGCCUGUGGGCGAAGGACUGGGGCCGAGGGGCCUUCCUCCAAGGUGGUAGGGGAAGGGUCGGCUCAGCAGGCGAAGCCGCCCUACUCAUACAUCGCGCUGAUCACCAUGGCCAUCCUGCAGAGCCCGCACAAGCGGCUCACCCUGAGCGGCAUCUGCGCCUUCAUCAGCGGCCGUUUCCCUUACUACCGCCGCAAGUUCCCCGCCUGGCAGAACAGCAUCCGCCACAACCUGUCCCUCAACGACUGCUUCGUCAAGAUCCCCCGGGAACCGGGGCACCCGGGCAAGGGCAACUACUGGAGCCUGGACCCUGCCUCGCAGGACAUGUUCGACAACGGCAGUUUCCUCCGCCGCCGAAAGCGCUUCAAGCGCCACCCUCACACCCCCAGCCCCCAGCUCCACCUCCCCCCCCAUCCCCUUCCCCUGCAACCCCCACCGUCCUCCUCUCACCCGCCGCACCCGGCUCUCCUGUUCUACCCGCCGGGCCCGGGGUCCUCUCCCGCGGCCGGGGCGCGGCCCUGCGCUCUUCUGCAACCCAGUCCGCUGCGCUACCUGGUGCUCCCGACCCCUGCCUAUCCCGAGCUGCGGAGGGGAGGGGGAGGGAGCGGCGACGGGGAAGAGCUUCCCUCCAGCGCUCUCUUGCAAGUCCAGAUCCCUCUGGGGUUGCAGCCAGAUGGGGGCAAGUUGCCACCCAGGGCGGAUUCCGCUGCCCAUCGCGGGAGCGGCAGCAGCAGCCGCCGCAGAAAUAGCUCCUUCAGCAUUGAAAGCAUCAUGCAAGGGAAUAAGGCGGAAGGAGGAGGAGCUGGAGAGGCUGCCCAGGGCCUGACCCCGGCUCCGUGGAGUUACUGCCACCUGCUGCAACGCUCCUCCUGCCUAUUGCAUUCCCCCGCCGCCCCCUCUUUCCUGCACGUGUCCGCAGCCGCUGCUGCCGCCCGGACUCUGCUGCUGCAACAGCAGCAGCCGCAGCCCCAGGACUGCUUUCCGGACAAGGGCGCCCUAGUCAGCCGACCCCUUUCAGCGGCCGCCGCGGCACUGCUGGGAUGUCAAGCGGGAGCAGGCACCAGGCUUCUGUCGCUGGCGGCCCCGGCUUGCAGAGGGACGCCUUCCCCGGCUUUCUGA